CCAAAAAGACAAACCCCCCAAGCAAAACCCACAAAACCCAAAAUCCAAAUCCAGUGAUUUUUAAAAAGACAAAAAAGAAAAGAAAAAAAAGAAAAAAGAAAGAGAUUGAAAGAUCAUAUUCAUAUUCAUAAUUCACAGAGAAUUCUUGUUUGUCUUUCUUUCUAAUUUCUUUCAUCUUUUUUGUUUUUGUUUUUUGUUUUUGGGUUUAAUAUCACCCACCCACCACCAAAACCAAACAGAGAGCACUGGUCAGAAGUCAAUCACAUACAUAUAUACAUAUAAACAUAUACAAGCAAGGAGAGAUAAUUAGAAGAGGAAGAGGGAGAAAAGAGAUGUGUGCAAAGAAGGAAGACGAUCAAGGAGAGUGUUCUCAAGCUAUGAUCCAUAACAUGCAAGGCUUCCAAGAACAGCUUCUUCUUCACCAACAACAACAGGGUAAUGAUAUCUAUGGAAUUACAGGAACUAGGGCAGGAGCAGGAGGAGGAUUUCUUUUCCCUCAUGAAGUUCCACCAAUCCUCCCAUGGUCUCUCCCUCCAGUCCACUCCUUCAACCCGACCCAUUUCUCCCCGAACCAGCCGGGAGACCAUGACCCAUUUCUAGUUCCGCCGCCGCCGCCUCCGCCGCCAAUAUCCUCCUAUGGAAGUUUGUUCAACAGAAGAGCACAUGGUUUACAAUUUGCAUAUGAUGGUACACCAUCAACCGAUCAUCUGAGAAUCAUCUCGGAAAUGGUUCAGCCCGGCGGAGGUCCUUUCGGGUUACAAUCCGAGCUGGGUAAAUUGACUGCACAAGAAAUAAUGGACGCCAAGGCACUGGCGGCGUCAAAGAGUCAUAGUGAAGCUGAAAGGAGACGAAGAGAAAGAAUCAACAACCAUCUUGCUAAGUUGCGCAGCUUACUACCCAGCACCACCAAAACGGACAAGGCAUCUUUGCUAGCAGAAGUAAUCCAGCAUGUGAAGGAGCUAAAACGUCAAACUUCACUGAUAGCAGAAACCAGUCCAGUACCAACGGAGGUGGAUGAAUUAACAGUGGAUGCAUCUGAUGAAGAUGGUAAGUUCAUAAUCAAAGCUUCACUUUGCUGCGAAGACAGAUCUGAUCUCUUGCCGGAUCUAAUCAAAACUUUAAAAGCUUUGCGCUUGAGAACCCUCAAAGCUGAAAUCACAACGCUUGGUGGACGUGUCAAGAACGUCUUAUUCAUCACCGGAGAAGACGAUUCAAACGACCAACAACAACAACAACAACAACAAUAUUGUAUAAGCUCAAUACAAGAAGCACUUAAAGCAGUAAUGGAGAAGAGUUCAAGCGAUGAGUCUUCUUCAGGAAAUGUUAAGAGACAAAGAACCAACAUCAAUAUCAUUGAACACAGAUCUCUUUAAGUUAUAUAUUUAAAUUGAUCUCAUGAUUUUGAUUUUCACUUGGGUGUGUCAAAUUUUCAAUUUUUGUUUUUCUUUUCAGUGUGUUGUGUGUAUUAAUAUAAUGAUCAUUAUAAAGAAAAUAGUAGGGGAAAGAAAAUUUGAUGAAUAGUCAAUUUAGUGGCAGCCUAGACUUGGCCACAGGAGAUCAUUCCCCCCAUUUUGUAUGACAUGUGUGUUUUAUAUGCAUGAUGCAUGCAUACACAGAACCAGACAGAGAUAGGGUUUGUUCAUUAAUACUUGUAUGAGAGGUAGGAACAAGAAAGGAUCUUUUUCGUGAGAAGAGAAACCUUAUAUCAGCUCCAAACAUGGAAAACGUGGACUUUGAUUCCUCAGUGUUCCACUUUGGACAACAAA